CCGAAACCACAACAUCAUCGUUUGUUUACAGAGCCACUGACACACUCGGCUGAAUCCGUUGCCCAAAGAUGCUUGCAGAAAAUACAUCCUUUAAUGUCCACCAGGCAGCCUAUGAGGGCAGAUAUGAGGAACUCAAGAUUAAAGUUUUAGCCAACAACAGACUCCUUACACAAACUGAUGAUAGUGGACGACAGGCUCUUCACUGGGCUGCUUGUGGAGGACAUGAGGAGAUAGCAAGUUUUCUGAUUGAACAUGGAGCCCCAGUUGACAGUGCUGAUGAUUGUGGCUGGACUCCCCUUAUGAUUGCUUCUUCAGCUGGACGAGAGCAGGUUGUGAGGCUUCUCAUUGGUCGGGGAGCAGAUGUUAAUUUUCAGAACAAUGGUGAUCACUCAGCCCUUCAGUAUGCAUCAUCAAAAGAUCACUAUGAGAUUGUCCCAAUUUUAUUGGAUCAUGGUGCUAAUGUGAACAUGCAAGAUAACAUGGGAGCAACAGCCUUGCAUCGUGCUUCUUCCAAAGGGAAUGUGAGAGUAAUGGUUAGGCUUUUACAGUGUAACAUGUGUUCUGUUAACAUUCAGGACAAGGAAGGCAAUACUCCUUUACACCUGGCAUGUGAAGAGGAGCGGCUGGCUGCUGUGCGAUUACUCUUGGAGCACAAUGCUAGCACAAGCAUGGUCAACAAAGCAGGAAAAUCUCCCCUACAGAUGACAAAUACUUCUCUCCGACAUCUUACACACAUGAAUGAGCUCUGAUGUGUCUGGUUAUUUGGUUGAAAAUGGGGGAGCCAAGUUGUAGGAGUUUUUUAUUAUUUAUGAUCUCAGAAACAGUCAAAGUGUUUUACAUCUGCAAUGCACUUACAUAAUUCUUUUGAAGGACAUUACAAAGUUUUAGAACUGAAAAAUGGUAGUUGUAGAUUUUGUAAAAUUCAGAGCCCAUUUUAUUAUUUGCUUUGAAAAGUCAUUAUUUACAAUAGACUGUGCAAAGAUUCACUUAAAUGCGAUAAGGUAAAGUGAGUUUAUUCAAGGAAGCUUUUCCAGAAAAGGAUAGAUUAUUAAGAUUAAUUUUGAAUGGUGAUAUUAUUAGGUGAAAUAUGAUUAUGCAUUUAACAUGUAAAUGUGUAAUUCUGUUUAAACGGAUAAACAUGUAAGAC